UUGAGGGUGGUUUUGGAUUGGCGGCUGUGGACCUAUGUUUGUGUCGUUGAGUGUUUUAUGGAGAUCUGACUUGUGACUAGGAAAGUUUAUCACUGAAGCAAGUGAUAGUCCAAUUGUUGUAUAUAUGUAGACCAACUGUUGAUCAGUUCUCACCAGACUGAGUUGGACUAUGUCUGGAGUUGAGGGCAGUGAGCCAGGUGGAGCCAGUGGUGGGCAACAGGAGCGCUCUGACCCAACUGAUGGCGCUUAUGAAUGCAACAUCUGCCUGGAUCAGGCACGAGAUGCUGUGGUCAGCAUGUGUGGGCAUCUCUUCUGCUGGCCAUGCCUGCACACCUGGCUGGAGAUGCGGCGCGCCAACCCCGUGUGCCCCGUCUGCAAGGCGGCCAUCAGCCGAGACAAGGUGAUCCCGCUGUACGGCCGCAACAGCUCCAACAAGGACCCGCGCGACCAGCGGCCGCCGCGGCCGGCCGGCCAGCGCACAGAGCCCGAAAACCAGGGCAACGGCUUCGGCGGUCUGAACUUCGGCGACACCAACUUCCACAUGUCCUUCGGCAUCGGCGCGUUCCCGCUCGGCUUUUUCGCGUCGACCCUCAACUUCGGCGGCGAGCGACUGAACCCCCAUGCUGGCUUCCAGCAGGGUCAGCAGUUCCAGGCCGACGACCAGAUGCUCUCCAAGGUAUUUCUGGGUCUGGGCAUCUUCUGCGUCAUCUGGAUCCUGUUGGCAGUAGUGUCACUCCGGAACGGUGCGCCUCGGCCGGCGCGAUCAGCACCGCCCUCUUCUAUUCAUAUCUGUGUCGCGGCCGAGCGGGGCCACGACAGAGCCCGCAGUGCGCGCCGGCUGGCCGCAAGGCAGCCGGCUGGCCCGCACCGGCGCUGCCCGCGGGGCGACAGGCGACCCUGCGCGCCGGCCGCGGCCGCCGGUGUUGACCAGCUGUGGAACCGCGCGCGCCCAUCACUGUCGGCCUAUGCGUAUAUUUACCGGGAAUAUCACUAUGUGUGUGCUUGUGGGUGGGGUAUGUGGACGUUGUCCCUCUGCAGGGGUCGAUGCUGAGGUGGCUAGCGCGAGCUGCUUGCGAUCACGACCGGCAUGGGUGUAGACUGCUGCCGGGCGGGCGGCCUCACAGAGAGGCCUCUAGCUGGCCGGCCGGCCGCCGGCCCAAGCGCGCCACCCGGGCGCCCCAGAGCUCAGCUUUAUCGUCUGGCCGUGCGCGUGUGCGUGUGAGGCGCGCAGCCCGCCUGUGGACGGCGUCGGUCGCGGGUGCUGCUGCG